AUGCACACCACCCAGAAGGACACGACGUACACCAAAAUCUUCGUCGGGGGGCUGCCCUACCACACCACGGACGCCAGCCUGCGCAAGUAUUUCGAGGUCUUCGGCGAGAUCGAGGAGGCUGUGGUCAUCACCGACCGGCAGACGGGCAAGUCCCGGGGCUAUGGAUUUGUCACCAUGGCUGACCGGGCUGCUGCUGAAAGAGCUUGCAAGGAUCCCAACCCCAUCAUUGAUGGCAGGAAGGCCAACGUGAACCUGGCAUACUUGGGAGCAAAACCAAGGAUCAUGCAACCAGGUUUUGCCUUUGGUGUUCAACAGCUUCAUCCAGCCCUUAUACAAAGACCUUUUGGGAUACCUGCACACUAUGUCUAUCCGCAGGCUUUUGUGCAGCCUGGCGUGGUCAUCCCCCACGUCCAGCCCACCGCCGCGGCCGCCUCCACCGCACCUUACAUCGACUACACGGGAGCCGCGUACGCACAGUACUCGGCGGCCGCCGCCGCCGCCGCCGCCGCCGCCGCCUACGACCAGUACCCGUACGCAGCCUCCCCGGCCGCCGCGGGCUACGUCACGGCCGGGGGCUACGGCUACGCGGUGCAGCAGCCAAUCACCGCCGCCGCACCUGGGACCGCGGCCGCCGCCGCCGCCGCCGCCUUCGGCCAGUACCAGCCUCAGCAGCUGCAAACAGACCGGAUGCAAUAG